AUGCCUCCCGCCAAACUAUCUCCUGCUUCACCCGCCUUUAUGCUCCUUGGCGGCAUAUCGUCGCUCCCCAGCGGAACACUUGUUCGCGGCCUCCUUCACAAACCCAAGACUACUCCUCAGCGCUACCGUGACGUCGAGGCCGAAUGGGAUUUUUUUCAGCUCCGGACUUAUGGUGUCGGCAUCCCAGAAUGUGCAUCCAAGAUGAAGCGGCGCAGUGAAGCUAGCGAUCGCUAUUUUGGAGUCUCUGGAGUUGGACCAUCUGGUAUUUCCAUGUUAAAAACACUGAUCGAAGAUGGCUUCAAUGUGACUCUCUUCGAGCGCAAGAGCAGUGUUGGAGGUUUGUGGGCAUACACCGAGCAUGUUCAGCAAACCACGGCUUUGACAACAACCUGUGCCAGCAUUAGCAAAUACACCUGUAGCUUUAGCGAUUUCCUACGCCAGAGAUAUUUGACCCAGUCCGACUUCCACGAGUAUCUCGAGACCUAUGCAGUGCAUUUUGACCUGGGACAAAACAGAAUCCAAGAACUCGACAAGGUCGUUUCUGCUCACGGCUACCAGACAAAGGCAAAGAUGCCCGAUUUCGAGGGCAGCAAGAAAUUUGACGGCGUGCUCAUGCACACCCAGCAAUUUCGCAAUCCGUCAUUCUUCAAGGGCAAGAAGGUCGUCGUCGUCGGUUUAGGGAGCAGUGCAGGUGACGUGCUUCCUGCCCGUCGUAGUCCACGCCUCCAAGGUCUACAUUUCCCAUCGCCGCCGGUGCUGCCGUCUUCAGGCGCCUCGGAACGGGCACGCCGGCCGACCUCACCGUGA